AUGCUUAACGCAUUGAGUGACCCAAAUUACUGCACGCGGAGUAGCAACAUGGACAGUCAAUACCAUAUAUCCAAACUCCUCGGCAUGAUGUUUGUCCAAUCGUUAGCGGCACGCCUGCCGCAACCUACUCCGGUCACGGUGUUCGCAGUAAACCCGGGCCUCUGCCACUCGCAGAUACUGCGCGAGGCGAUCGAGAGCCCCGUAGUGAAGCAUCUGACGGCAGGGUACAAGGCGAUCCUCUCGCGCACGACCGAGGUUGGCAGCCGGACACUCGUGCAUGCGGUGACCGACCCCAAUGAGCGUACGUUCCACGCACACUAUGUUAGCACAUGCAUCGUGGUGGAAGAGAGUGACUAUUUGCGGACAGCGGAGGAUAAGGCCCUUACGGAGAGAGCUUGUUUUCGGGAGCGUGCUGUACUGACCAUAGUUUAG